CCGUACGGGGACUAUGAGUUUAAGGGACUUUUUUGGACGGGCGGAGGGAUUAGCUUCAGUAAAAAGUGAGGCGCCUUUUGCUUUUUUGGAGUAAGUGUUGCGAGUUUUGGAAAUCAGAGCGGCGGUGUGGUGCCAGGGAAAGUGAUUUUGAGUAAGGGAGGCGGGACGGGCAAGCGUGUUAAAGGGUACAGUGGGACAACAUUACACCUGCAGUAGAGAAACUUAGUGACUACGAGGUUACGGUAUUUAGGGACAUUGGGGGUUAUUUUAGGGAGGGAGGUGGGGGAAAUAUCUAAGCUUCAACAGACUGAGUAGUGGCAAACGUAGCCCGCCGGCCUCUUUCGGUCUCCUCAUCUGUCUUUCUUACUACAUGAACCGCUUCAGCAACAAGCUUUGGAAGGCUUAAAGCACAGUACAGUGCUCAUGUUGCCCAGUCAUCUUGGGGGAGCAGCUUCAGGCAACGGGGCUGCUUCAGGACAGGGCAGUACAAUGGCUGGAAGUGGUUCUUCAUCAUCUGGGGUGAGCCUAGUUAGAAGUGGUCUCAGUGGGCGUCCAGGCAAUGGGGGAGGGAUGCUAGGGGGCAAUGCUGCAGGGGCAUCUCGGAUGAGUAUGAUGGGGAAUUCAGGAGGAAGUAGUAGACCAGGAAAUGGAGCAGGCUUAUCAGGAAUACCAGGAGUUAUUGGGGGUGGAGUGAUUGGUGGUGGUCUGCCCAUGUGUCAUAGUGGUAGGUAUGAUCCAGAUCGAGAAGGGUCUGCUGCAGGGUACAGUGGUUCAGAUGCUGACUCUGAUUCUGGGGAUGAGGAUGACCUUGGAGACAGGAGAGGGGUUAAAAGAGGUGUUACUGAACUAGAUUUGGGUAUAGUUGGGCAGGAUUCUGGGAUGGGGGCAGUAGGGUAUUCAGGUGUGCCAGGAGGAGUAGCUGGAGCAAAGCCAGGAAAGAAGACACGAGGAAGGGUGAAGAUUAAAAUGGAGUUUAUUGACAACAAGCUGCGGAGAUAUACAACCUUUAGUAAAAGAAAGACUGGCAUCAUGAAAAAGGCCUAUGAACUGUCUACUUUAACAGGGACCCAAGUGCUUUUGCUGGUUGCCAGUGAAACUGGUCAUGUAUAUACAUUUGCAACACGGAAGCUACAACCUAUGAUUACCAGUGAGACAGGAAAAGCUCUGAUCCAGACUUGUCUGAACUCUCCAGAUUCCCCUCCUCGCUCUGACCCCAGUACAGAUCAGCGCAUGAGUGCCACUGGAUUUGAGGAAACUGAUCUUACGUAUCAAGUGUCCGAAUCCGACAGCAGUGGUGAGACAAAGGAUACAUUGAAACCAACAUUUACCGUGGCAAAUUUGCCAGGAGCCACAACAUCUAAUCAGACUGCACCAACCACAUCUACUACAAUGCAGGUCAGCAGCGGACACUCUUUUCCAAUCACAAACUACUUGGCACCCGUUUCUACAAGUGGGAGCCCUAGUGUUGUCACAAGUGCAAAUGGCACUAUUUUGAAAACGGCUGGUGGUGGAACUGUGACUUCUACUGGAGUUAUGCAGCUACCGGCUGGAUUCACAAUCAUGCCAGGCACUCCUCUCCCACCAGGGACACCUACUAUUCCUUUUGGUCAGUUACAGACGCACGCACUGACUAUUUCGGGUCAGCAGGGCCAGACGAAUGCCACCUCAUCUGGGCAGGCACAACAUGGGCAGCAGACGUUCUUCCGGUUCCCAGGAGCGGGAGGGCAACUUGUCUCACUGGCAGGUGGUGCUGUAGCCCAGCAAGUUCCAGUGCAGGCUAUCCAAGUACAUCAGACGGCACAGUCUAAUUCUGCUAGUGAUGGCAGUGGAGAAAUCACUACUACCAGUGGAACAGUGACCUUGCCAGCUGCUAUUAUGACCUCUGCUGUCCCCACAACGAUGCCUGGUCAUAUGAUGUAUCCAAGCCCCCAUGCAGUGAUGUAUGCAUCAACACCAGGUUUGACGGAUGGUGGUCUCGCUGUUCUUAAUGCCUUUUCCCAAGCCCCUUCAGCGAUGCAGGUGUCACAUGGACAAGUGCAGGAUCAGGGCGGUAUUCCACAGGUGUUCUUAACUGGUCCACCAGGGACAGUACAGAUCCCAGUACAGCUGCAUCAGAUGACUGUAAUAGGCCAGCAACCCGGAGGCAGCAGUAACUUGACAGAACUGCAAGUGGUGAACCUGGACACAGCACACAAUUGCAAGAGUGAGUGACACCUUUACCCAGCAAGGAAUGGUUACAAGCAGCAUUCAAAAUACAGACUGCUUUGCUUGGACACAGCACACAAUUGCAAGAAUGAAUGACACCUUGUGCCCAGAAAAGAAUGGAUACAAGCAGCAUUCUAAAUGCAGACUGCUUCACUUAUUUAUUGUUGCCUUUUCUCACUUUUUUGUGUAUCGAAUGAGACAAAACUGUGGCACAUUUGCAAUGAAGGUAAACUGCAGCCAAAUUGAGGCUGAAGUUAGAUGUGCCAGUCUGAGAGUGUCGAGGGUUUUGGGACUUUUUCUUCUCCCACUCCCCAUGUUUGUCUCACUCCAGCCAAAGAAGGAAGAACCUUUCCCCUGAGAUGGGCAGUCUUGUACAAAUCAGCAUUUUUCCUGCUAUGGAAAAGCCAUCUGCCCCUUUUCUGUACGUGUG